AUGCUACCAUUCAUAUCUGAACGACCAAGUUGGUGUAUAUCUCGUCAAAGAGUUUGGGGUGUUCCAAUACCUGUACUCUUCAAGAUUAAUGAUAAAUCUCCUAUCAUUGAUUAUGAUCUAAUAGACCAUAUUGCCUCUCGUGUGGCAUCUGAAGGCAGUGACUUUUGGUUUUCAGAAACACUUGAUCAACUUGUCCCUGAAUAUUUUUGGAAAAAGUGGGGAAUUACUAGCGAUGAUGUUUACAAAAGUACAGAAGUUUUCGAUGUUUGGUUCGAUAGCGGUCUGUCUUGGUUGUGUGUUUUAAACAGUGGUAAUUACUCACAUCAACCUGGCUCACAUAUCAUUGCAGAUACCUAUCUAGAAGGUCAUGAUCAAUUUCGUGGUUGGUUUUCAGCUUCACUCCUACUUAGUGUUGCACUCACUGGAUAUGCACCCUUCAAAGAUCUUAUCGUACAUGGUUUUGUUGCAGAUUCACAAGGUUGUAAAAUGUCAAAAUCUUUAGGAAAUGGUAUCACUCCAAAAGAACUAAUUGCUAAUGAAAAUGGAUGUAUUGAUAUAAUGCGUCGAUGGGUAUGUUCAUCUGGUCUAGAUUCUGUUUGUCGUCUAGGUUCAAAAGAAAUGAAACAAAAUAACACUGGAUAUAAAGCUCUACGUAAUAGUCUGCGUUUUAUGCUUGGAAAUUUAUACGACUUUUGUCCAAUUACACAAAUAAAGCAUACUUUAGACUUGAAUUCUAUGGAUACAAGUUAUUCGUUAUCUAGAUUGGUUUUAGAGAUGAUAAAUUCGGUUCAAGAAAAUAAUGAUAAUUCAUGUCUUGGUGGAAUGGAUAAAUCUGUAUUAUAUUCACUUGGAAAUAUUGUUUCCACAUCAUUAAAUAUUUACUAUCCACAGUUUCGAUAUGAUACUAUUCUAGCUGAAAUUGAUCAAUUUCUAUCUCACUUCUCAUCUGUAUAUAUUACAUCAGUUAAAGACAGAUUAUACUUUAACCAUCCAGAUGAUCCAUUUCGACGUAAUACACAAAUAGUAUUCUGGUUGACAGUAGAAUGUUUAAAAGCUAUUCUUGCACCAAUUUUACCUUAUUUAAUGGAAGAAAUUGAAAUAGUUACUUGGAAUUAUUUAUCAUCUAAUUGUAUGAUAUUGAAACAUCAAUAUGAAACACUUUUAGAACGUUAUUCAUCAUUAACUCUACAUGAUUAUUAUUGUGUAGAUGAAUGGAAAAUAUGUUCCGAUUGGUUAUUAUGCUUAUCAGCUAUGCAACAAUGGAAUGAAUUUAAAAUAUAUUCAACUUAUGUAAACAAAGCAUCUUUAUUAUUUCAUUCUCUGAUCAAUACUCUAUCGAAGGAUAGAGAUGCUUUACCAUCGUCUAAUAAUUCGUUAUCAGUUUGUCAUGUACACAUCAAUAUACCAACUAAAGAUCAUGAUAUGUAUUGUAUGCUGAAAGCUCUUCAUCCUCUAGAAUCAGUCAAGUCUAUAUCAUCGGAUUUGUGUUACUUACUUCGUGCAGCAUCAGUUUCAUGGUCAUGUGGAUUGUAUCCAAAUGAAUUUCUUAAUGCAACUAGAUAUUAUAACUUUCCAUUGAAUGAUGCUUUUGUGUCAAUUAAAUUUCUCUCCGAAGAUGAAGGCAUCAGAUGUCAUCGUUGUCAUCGGUAUUCUUUGAAGGAUUCUUCAAAAAACUUAUGCUAUAGAUGUACAAAAGUACUGAACACCUCAAUACUUGUAAAAACAUCAUCUGAAUCACUUUAA